AUGCAAGCUACCUCAUUGAUCUCUUCAGCAGAUUUAAUUCUUGUAGCCCUUUCUGGUUCUCGUUCCAUUGGCAACGGAAGGUGCUUUGACAUCAUUUUUUGCCUAUAUAACCAGUCUGGCUCAGGCCGGCUUCACCCUGCUACUGAACAAAGAUUUAGGAAAAAGCUAGACAGGCUUUCUCCACUUGGUGGAGAUGGGAAUGUGACCCUGGAUGCAACACCUGAAGUAUUUGAUAACCAGUACUUCAAAGACUUAGUCAACGGACGAAGAUUUCUAAAGUCAGAUAAAACACUUUUUAAAUACCAUCUAACAAGAGAGUAUGUAAGAUGGUUUAGUGCUAACCAAGAUAAAUUCUUUGAGGCCUUUGUUGAAGGGAUGAUAAAGAUGGGUGACCAAUCUGGCUGCGCAGGAGAGAUAAGGAGGAACUGCGAAGUGCCUAAUAGCCACCGGUUAGAGCAGAGGAGAGAAAUUUCAUCGCCCGAGCCACUGAUUCAACUGGAAAAACUUUGA